GUGUCCGUAAAUGCGGCAUUCCCGAAACCCCUCACAUAAAAAUACUAAUACCCAUUAACGAAGGAUUAGAAUGCAUAGGCCAUUUCUUUUUCGUGAUACCUAGCCCCAUUCUCCCACAAUGUCUGGCAACGAAACCCAGUGUAACAACAACCUUAACAAUUUUCAACUUCAUCUAAUUAUCGUGGGUGCAGGACUCGCCGGCCUUGCCGCUGCCAUCAGCACGCGCCUUGAGGGUCACAGAGUUACUGUGCUAGAGAAAACUACCAAGUUAACAGAAAUCGGUGCCGGGCUCCAAGUUACCCCCAACGCAAGCCGUCUGUUUCAUCACUGGGGAGUUUUCGACGAGCUAAGUUAUAAGGCCGCUAUUCCUUCAUACUUAGCUGUACGGAGAUAUGACGGCACCCGCGUCCUAGCUCGCGAAGAUGAUUAUCAAAAGAAAAUACUGGAACGAUACGGCGCCCCGUUCUGGGACCUCCAUCGUGCAGACUUGCAAGAAGCGUUGGUGCGUCGUGCCCGCUCGCUUGGGGCCGAAAUUCAGCUCGGUGUUGAUGUUCAACACGUUGACUUCAAACGCGCUGCAGUAAUUACGCAAGACGGCCAAGUGAUCCAAGGUGAUCUAGUCCUCGGUGCGGAUGGUUUGUGGUCGCGAACGAGAAGCUCUUUACUGCAACAACAGCUAACACCGACGCCAACUGGAGAUCUGGCAUAUCGAAUUGUACUAAAUCUAGAAGACAUAAAUGAUCCCGAGCUACGAGACUUAGUGUCUAACCCGUCCGUCAACUUCUGGAUUGGUCCAGAGUCUCAUGUUGUAGGCUAUUCGCUCAGACAAGGCCGCAUGUACAAUCUCGUUUUAUUACGUCCUGAUGAUCUGCCGGAACACGUAAGCCGCCUGGCUGCUGACGUGGAUGAGAUGCGGAAACUAUUCGAGCCGUGGGACCCAAUCUUGAACAAACUACUAGCAUGUGUGGAUCGGGUGGAUAAAUGGAGGCUAAUGCAUAUCUCACCCUUGGAUACUUGGGUGAACGAUGAUGCCACAUUCCUACUUGCGGGCGAUGCAUGUCACCCAAUGCUCCCAUACCUCGCGCAGGGUGCCAAUUCCUCGCUAGAAGACGGAGCUGUCCUCGGUCGGUUGCUUAAAUAUGUAACUAGCCGCGACAAGCUGGCUCCUGCGCUCGAGCUGUAUCAGCAGCUACGAAAGACGCGAGGAGAGGCAAUCGCAAAGGAAGCAUUAGGACAGAGGGAUUCAUUUCAUCUGCCUGACGGUCCUGCUCAGGAGCAACGAGACGCUAUCUUCCUCGCAAGUAUGGGCAAGGAACCAACACCAAACUUCCCGAGCCGCUGGACCUGUCCCACAGUCCAGCCGUGGCUAUAUAGCUACGAUGCUAUGGUGGAAGCUGAUAAGGUUUAUGAGGCCAAUCCGUUCUGACUUUCGCAGAUUAGACACCUUCCAUACCUUAGGUACAUUUCUUCUCUUAUGCCACUUAACCUCCAAGGUGAUUUCCAUUGUGUUCAGCUUUUACUCUGGACGUUGCUUUAUAUCGGUUGGCUGUUAGAAAUAGAUGCAUGGUAUCACUUGCCGAUGGCACUUAUAACAUCUCUUUAGAAAGCAGGAAGUGCUUGUUGUUUAUUUAUUUUGGGUCGCACAAGUAGAAUCUAGGUGUCCUAUAGCCUGGGGGCUCGACUAGAUAUUAAAAUAGACCAACUCUUCAUUCCGACCCCAUCAAAUAACAUCCCUCGAAAGUUUCUUACUUGUUAUGCUUAUUUUUCUUUCUUGGCCGUCCACUCACGUUAAAAACCUCUCCACUCUUAGCCCAAUAAAUAUUAGUAUUUGUUGUUGAGCAUUGAGAAAUUGGGAUCGUAAGACAACACACUAAUACCUGUUAUGUCAUGAUUGAGUUAUCCUCUCAAGUUGCGUUUGCUUUAUCUUACCCAGAGCUGGGAUUUCCUAAGCCGAUCUGCAGGACGUUUUUGUUGCUACCUUAGGUACUCUAGGCCUGGGCGCCAGGAGCCAAUACAUCUUAAUCUUUUAUCUCGAGCCUCUCCAACCGAGCCA